AAUGGUACUAGAAAUAUGUUGAUUAUUGUAGAUUAUGAUAGUUCUGAAAGAAUUCAAAGAGAAAUAGUUAAUUUAUUAUCUCUAUACGAGCAACAAUUAGAACUUAAAAUGCCUGAUUUAAAUGAAUGGACUUUAGAAAAUUCUUUAACUUAUUGUUGGGGAUUAAUUACAACAAUAGGGCAUGGACAUCGUUCGCCUAAAACUGGGGGUGGACAGGUUUUUGCAUUGCUUUAUUGUGUUUUGGGUGUUCCAUUUUUUGUAUUUACUUUAAUUGUUAUCUCAUAUCGUUUACUGAACCUUUGCCGUGUUUUAUCUCAACUUGUAACAAAAAAUAAACAUUUCUCGUCGUCAACUUUUGAUCACCGAACAUUAUUAUUAUUUUUUGUUUGUAUUAUUUACUGUUCCUGGUUAAUUAUAUUUGCUUUAAUUCUUUAUUGGUUUGCAAUCCCUGAAAGUUUUUGGCGUUCUUUGUAUGCUGCAAGUGCUGACUACAAUUUAUUAAACGAAAAACAAAAAUUAAUAACUUUAAGUGGUUCAAGUAUUUCUUUAUUAUUUUCUUGUAUUUGUAUAAUAACAAUAACUGGGGUUUGGCAAGAUUCUAGUUCUGAAAGAAGAAAAAAUAAAAAAAUAAAAGAAGCGAAAAAAUCAGAAGAAGAGGAAGGAAUUGGAAGUGAAAAUGAAAAGAAAAUUACAAAAUAUAAUUUAAUAAUUGAUGAAACAGGCAAUGCUAAAUUAAAUAAUAAUCCAUCAAUUGAAUAUUCUCUGACAGAAAACAAUUUGGAAUGA